AUUCUACGCACUGCGCACAGAAAAUCAGAUAAUACUGUAAUAGAUAUUCAUUAUUAUUACAAUUCAAUUAUCUUUGUGUUUAUACUUUAUCCCUCUAUUCUCUGUGUUAAAUGACCCGAGUUUUCCAAUUUCACGUUCGGCCAUUUCUUCUCGUUGUGAUUCACUUAUGACAUAUAAUCACGUUUUCCGUGUUCCAGCUGGAAAACCAUAUUUUUUGUUUUUUGUUUAAUUGUUUGUCCGAGUGAAUUGUCUGCGCUACGAUACGACAAAAUGGCGGGUCGAGGUUUCUUGAAGGAGCGUAUAGCUCAAAUGCAAAAACAAAAUGAAGCUAGAUUAAGAGAAGCUUCUAAUAUUCCUCCCAUACACGUGCCUCCAGUGGAACCUAUAAUUCCAAUAGCAUCACCUCAAGUUUCUUUAUAUCAAUCUACAGAACCUCAAACACCGCCUACAGUACAACCUGCAGAGCUUCGAACACCAAUAAUACAAUCUUCAGAGUCUCGAGCACCUAUAAUACCUGCAGAGCCUCAAGCACCAAUAAUUAAACCUGUAGUGCAACCGGCAGAGCCCCAGUCAUCUGUAAUACAAUCGCCAUCUGUUGUAAAUCCUGCCAUCCGUGGACGACGGGCUUUAUUAGCUCGCCUAAGACCAGAAUCUUCAAUAAUUCAGCGCCCAGAUAAACCAGAAACAAUAGUUUCAGGCCUUGCAGCAGUCAAAAUACAGUCUGAAGAUCCAAAAGAGAUAAACUCUGAAACUCCAAUAGUAGCCCCUCAGCCAGAGCCUGAAGCCCAGCAUGUGGAACAACCAUCUGUAAUUAACCCUCCUGUAAUAUGCCGAGUUGUGCCAAAUAAAGAGAAGCCGACAGAUACUUUUAAAAUGUUACAAUUGUCAUCAAACUAUAUUGGCAUUGAACUUGAGCAGAACAAAGGCGUUUUUGAAUAUAGGGUAGAUUACAACCCGCCAGUGGAUGUAAAACCUGCCAGGUUCAUGUUGCUUAACCAACACAGAAAUAUUUUACCGGUUAAGACAUUUGACGGCACGUCUUUGUAUAUUCCGUCGAGAUUACCAGAUGAUGAAACUUUACUUAUAAGCGAGUUAAAUGAUAAAAGUAAAGUAAAUCUCAAAAUAAUAUAUCGGCGUCAAACUUUACUACGAGAUUGCAUACAUUUUUAUAAUGUUUUUCUUCGCCAAAUUAUGAAAUCGUUGGAUUUGAUCGAGUUUGGAAGAAAUAUGUAUGAUCCUGUCAGGAGGGUAGCUAUUCCAGAAUAUAAUUUAGAAGUAUGGCCUGGAUAUAUAACUGCAAUUGACGAAUUUGAAAAUGGACUGUUUAUGUGCUGUGAUGUGUCGCAUCGAAUUUUGCGCACACAGUCAACUCUAGAAGUUAUGAUGGAAAUUUUAAACAAAGCCAAACGUGAAGGUGGUAGAGACGGUCAAUCGGAUAUAAAGGCAAUAUUACUAGGAACAACUGUUAUAACACACUAUAACCGAAAAACUUACAGAGUUGAUGACAUAGAUUUUACUAUGUCGCCAAUGUCGACAUUUGAAAAAAAUGGACAAAAUAUUUCUUUUAUUGAUUAUUAUAAACAAGUAUAUAAUAUAAAUAUAAAAAGUGCAAAACAGCCCAUGUUAAUUUCAAAACUUAAAAAGAAAGAUAUGGUGAAAGGCACGGUGGAAAAUGAUACAAUAUGUUUGGUUCCCGAACUAUGUAAUAUGACAGGAUUGACAGAAGCAAUGAAGGCCGAUUUUAGAUUAAUGAAGGAGAUUCAGCGACACGUUUCAAUAACUCCCGACGUACGGCAGGCAGCCUUAGUAAAUUUUGUUAAACGUGUAAAUGAACACGAAGCCGCAAGCAAAAAAUUAAAAGAUUGGGGACUCAAAUUCAGUUCGGCUCCAGUAAAAAUGCAUGGACCUGUAUACAAUAAAGAAGUUAUCAUAUUGGGAAAUAACAUUAAAAAACCUAUCAAAGAUAAUAUGGAUUGGGGAAACGACGUAGCAAAGAAUGCAAUGUUCUCAAUAGUUAACAUGAAUUCAUGGGCCAUUUUGUAUAUUCAAAAAGAAGAACAAGUGACGUAUUCAUUUUGUAAUAAAUUAAUUUCAAGCGGUCGAAUUUUGGGAAUGAAUAUCGAAGUACCAAAUAAAAUAAAAGUGUCAGGCAACAAUCCUGAACAUUUUAUUACAGCGAUACAAAACGUCACGUCUAACAUAAAAAAUUUGCAAAUGGUCGUCAUAAUAUUUCCAAACCAGCGAGAAGAUCGUUACAACGCUGUCAAAAAGAUAUGUUGUGCUGACUUGGGAAUACCUUCGCAGGUUAUUGUUUCAAGAACAAUUUCAAAACCAGACAAGUUGGCUUCAAUUACUCAAAAAAUAGCCCUACAAAUUAAUUGUAAAUUGGGAGGAGCGUGUUGGGCAAUAAACAUCCCAUUGAAAUCUACUAUGAUAGUCGGAAUAGACGUAUACCAUGAAAAAAGUAAGCAGGCAAGUAGCGUUGUUGGGUUCGUUGCAUCAAUGGACAAGCUGUUCACAGAAUGGCAAGCAGUCGCAUCCAUUCAAAAAAGUACCCACCAAGAGCUUAUAAGGGCUAUACACGAGGCGUUCCAUAAAGUACUACAAAAAUGGAAAGCUAAAAACGGUGAACUACCGCAAAGAAUAAUAAUAUACAGAGAUGGUGUAUCGGAUGGCGAUUUAAAACAGGUUCAAGAAAUGGAAAUACGAGACUUGGAAGCUGACUUUAAAGAAUACCCGGGUGGCUAUUUUCCUAAAAUAACAUUUAUUGUUGUUCAAAAACGAAUAAAUAGCAGAGUGUUCCAGUUUAUGGGUGAAAAUAAAUAUGUAAAUCCACCACCGGGAACAAUUAUAGACAAUACUGUGACGAGAAGAAAUUAUUUUGACUUUUUCCUCGUAUCUCAGCAUGUGCGCCAGGGCACUGUUAACCCAACACAUUAUAUUGUGUUGCAAAAUGGCUGUACUAUAAGCACUGAAAACGUUCAAAGAUUGUCAUACAAACUAUGUCACAUGUAUUAUAACUGGUGCGGUACUAUAAAAGUUCCAGCUCCUGUUCAGUACGCGCACAAGUUAGCCUAUCUUGUAGGCCAAAAUAUAAGACAACAGCCAAACGAACAGUUGUGCGAAACAUUGUUUUUCUUGUAAAAGCUUGUUAUUUUUUAUGUCUACAAAUAGUUUUUGUAUGUAUACCAUUAUUAUUUAUUUAUUUUUUUGUUUGGGUUAUUUUUUUAUUUUGUAUACUAUCUACGAAUUAACUAUUGAAUUAAAGCUUUACAAGUUUAUCUCUAUACAGGGUAAUAAGUUAACUAUAGUGAACUGAUUCAUUAUAAAUUGUUAUUUUACACAUAAGACUGUUCUACCUACUGUAAUUUUUUU